AUGAUCUACUGUCUUGUCUCUGCGUCCCUGAUCAGCAAGGCCACGACGCUACAUAAGGCAGCAGAGUACAUCGGUCAGAUUCAGCAGGAGAGAGCUCAGCUGCACGAGGAGGCUCAGAGACACAGAGACCAGAUUCUGCUCCUUCACUUUGCCAUCAAGCUACCCUGCGGUGUGUACCAGCUGCCCGUCACUGGCAUGCCCGUCACCUGCCAACACUUUGACCACAUGAGGGAGAAGUUCAGAGAGUACGUCCGGGCAUGGACUCUACAGAACUGGUGGCUCUGGAUCUUCAGCAUCAUCGUAGAGCCCCUGUUUGAGUCCUAUAACAGAAUGGUGUCCACAGCCAGUGUUGAGGAUCUGUGUCGUACCACUCUGUCCUGGCUGGACCAGUACUGCUCCCUACCUGCCCUCAGACCCAUGGUCCUUAGCUCACUCCAUCUCCUCAGCACCUCCACGUCCAUCCUGACAGAUCCCAGUCUGGUCCCAGAUGAGGUCACCCAGGCUCAGUGCCUCCCCACCCUACCUGUCCCCAAGACCUAUUCCCCUCCACAUGGCCCAUCAACAGGGAAAACACACAGCCUAUGGGACCCUAUGGAACAAUUUGAUACCCUGUAA